AUGUUUGGCACUACUAAUCAUAUCCCACCAUUAACUCUUGAAUCUCAUUCUCGUCAUCAUAUUAGAAACCACGCAAUUUCAAAUUCAAAUUUACUUCUAUUACCUUCAACUUCAUCAUCGAAUCAACAUGGAUCAACCAUUAAGGCAUUUCCAAGUUUAUCUGUACUUGAAAACUAUUCCCAUAAUUCAGAAAAUCAUCAUCAGAAAUCAAUCCCAAAAAUCAAAUCUCUUGGUAAAAUCGAUAUUAGAUCACCUAUCUUACCUCGGAAUUCAUCAUCAUUUUUAACUCCAGGUAAUAAUUCAGUAUUUGCCUUGGAUCAAGUCAUAAGUAAUAUAAAUGAGCAAACUUCGCUUUAUACAGAUGCUUCAAAUCAAUCGAUCUCCACUAAAUUAUUAAGUAUCGGUCCAAAUGCUCUCAUAUUAUUAAGAAAUUAUUAUAAUGAUUUCACCACUAUAGAUUGGGCAAAAGCUUUUAUACUGACUAAUAAAUUUAAUUACGAAUUAUUUAAAAAUGAAAAAUAUAAAGUUGAAAAUGGUCAAACUUCAAUCGUUCCUAUCCCAUUUUAUUAUAAGAUUUAUUAUGUAAUGGGGAAAUGGGUAUUAAUUGUUAUUAUUGGAUUUGUAUUCUCUUUGAUUGCAUAUACGAUUGAUAAGAUUGAAAUCUUAUUAGUUGGGUUCAAACAUGGAUAUUGUAAAACAAAUUGGUUUGCAAGUCAAGUUUCUUGUUGUUUACCAAAAUCUUCACCCAUCAAUAAUAAUAAUCCUUCUCCUCCAUUGCAUGUCAUGAAUGUAUUUAAAUCAGGAUACAUUUUCAAAUCGAAUAAUAUCCAAGAUCAAUGCCAAGAUUGGAUAUCGUGGUCAAAUCUAUUCGAAGAUCAUCCUAUUUAUAAUCGAUUCAGAUUUGAUUUCUUAAUUUAUGUGAUAUUAACCAUCAUAUUAGCUCAUUUUGCAUGCCUUAUUACAUUAACUACUAAAAUCACCAGUGGAACCGCCAUAACUAAUAAUCAAGAAAAUGUGGCUACUACUACUACAACUAAUAAUAGUGGAGAAAACUCAAGUAAAGAUGAAGUUCAUGAUAAAUUAUCAUCACCAGAAUUUCAAAUAACUCCAAAAGUAAUGUAUACCGCUUAUGGAUCAGGUGUACCUGAAGUUAAAACCAUAUUAUCAGGAUUCGUGAUUAGAAGAUUUUUAGGAACUUAUACAUUAAUUACCAAAACCAUCACUUUAAUAUUAGCCAUUGCCUCAGGUAUGGCAUUAGGUAAAGAAGGUCCUUAUGUUCAUUUAGCAACGGCAGUAGGAAAUAUCGCUACUAGAUUUUUCCCGUUCAUUUAUAACAAUGAAUUAUUAAAGAAACAAAUCUUAUCAGCUAGUGCAUCUGCUGGUGUAGCAUUAGCAUUUGGUUCACCCUUAGGUGGUGUUUUAUUCAUCCUUGAAGAAAUUAAUCAUUAUUUACCUUCUCAUCAAUUAUUCCAAGUUUUCUUUUGUGCUAUUAUGUCUACUUUAUUUUUGAAAUUUUUAAACCCUUACGGUACAGGUAAGACUGUUUUGUUUGAAUUGAACUAUACUUCAGAUUGGAAUGCGAUAGAAUUAUUAUUCUUCAUUAGUAUUGGAGUUUCAGGUGGGAUUUUUGGAGCGUUAUUCGUUAAAUUCGUGGGAUGGUGGCCUACGAAAUUUCGUCAAUUAAAAUUAAUUAAAAAUCAUCCUUUAUUUGAAGUAUUUUGUAUUUCAUUACUAACGGGUUUAAUCACAUUUUGGAAUAGGUAUACAAAACAAGCAUCUUCAGAAUUAGUCUUGGAUUUAGCCACUCCUUGUGAUGUGGAAUUAGAUUCAACUUUAUGUCCAACUACUCAUCCUCAAUACAUCACCGAAUUAAACUCAUUAUUAUUUGCAUUCAUAGUAAAAGUGGUUUUAACUUUUGUCACAUUCGGUUUGAAAUUACCUUGUGGUAUUUACGUCCCAUCUAUGGUGGUUGGAGCAUUAUAUGGGAGAAUAUUUUCCUUAUUCAUUCAAUAUAUGAAUUUUAAAUAUAAUUUAAGUAUUACUGAUAUUAAUACUUCUACAAGUGGAUCAAUUAUGAAGUAUAUUUGUUCAGCUGAUCGUGAAGAUGGUAGAUGUGUUGACUCUGGUAUUUAUUCCAUGAUUAGUGCAGGAGCAUUCAUGGCAGGGGUGACAAGAAUGAAUAUAACUUUGGUAACUAUUUUGUUUGAAUUAACCAGUUCUUAUACUUAUGUGUUACCGAUUUCUAUAGCUAUUGCAGUGGCUAAUUGGAGUGCGGGAUUAUUAGAGAAACAUUCAUUAUAUGAAGCAUUAUUGAUUAAGAAUGAUUAUCCCUUCAUGUCUGCUGAAAACGAAGCCAUUGAUCCAUUCAUGACAGCUGGAGAUAUCAUAACUGAUAUGGAUUCAUGUAAAUCAACUCAAUUAAACAUUGUAGAAGAUUUAAUGCAUGAUGAUGGAUCAGAUCUCAAAUUAUUCAUCGAUAUAACUGAUGCGCCAUACGUACCUAUUGGAACCUUACUUUCUAAAUUAAGACUAUUGGCCGAUAAAUCUUUAUUAGAUGGAUGUUUACCAUUAAUUAAAAAUAAAGUAUGUAUUGGAUUGAUAUACUUUUCCGAAUUGGAAUUAUGUUUGGAUAAAUUACAAGAAUUCAUUACCAAAUAUAACAUUGUUGAUGAAAUAUAUUGUAAAUUAUCAUCUGAUGUGAACUAUACCAAACUAAAUCAAAGACAAAUUAUCAUUAAUUAUGAAAAGCAUAAUGCAAAUAUUUUAAAGAAUUUAUUCACCAGUCUUAUGGAAAUUGAUUAUUUUAAUUAUGGAUCUAUAGAAAGAAAUGAUGAAAUUGAAGAAUUAUUUGAAGAAUUAAUCAAUUUAAUCCAAUUUAUUGAUUAUUCUCCUAUUUUUAUAAAUCAUGAUAGUGAAUUAAGUUUGGCUCAUUUAAUAUUUGAUAGAAUUGGUAAUCGAGUAAUUGUAUUAUUAAAAAAUGGUCAUUAUUAUGGAGUAUUACAUAAGAAAGUAUUAAUUGAUUAUUGUCGAAGAGAAGAAAAGAAGUAA